AAGGCUCCGCUCGCCCGCCGUCGCUUCUUACCACGUUUGGGUCGCGCUCGUCAUCCUCCGUCGGUCGUCGCGGUGCUCUUUUCUGUCGCGGAAGUGGGGCAAAGUAACGAAGUGCGGGACAUGUGGCGACUGACGACGUGGCUCGUGCUUCUUCUUCGUUGCUCGGCUCUGGCAGCAUACGAAUGCAACUCGAAUCAGUUCCAGUGCGGCAACGGCCACUGCGUCACCCGCAGAUGGAUUUGCGACGGCUGGGACGACUGCGGCGACAGAACCGAUGAACUCACUGAAAACUGCUUGGACAAACGGUGUCUGGAGUCCGAGAUGAACUGCGGUCCCCCCCAGCAGCAGUGUGUGCCGCUGAGCUGGCACUGCGACGGCGACCUCGACUGUCAAAAUGGCGCUGACGAGCAAAACUGCUCGGCAAAGCAGUGCACAGCCCAGCAGUUCCGCUGUGACAGCGGUCAAUGCAUCUACGGCAGCUUCAAGUGCGACAACGACAGGGACUGCCUCGACGGCUCAGACGAGGCCUCCUGCCCAAAAACCACCUGUAACCCGCAAUACUUCCAGUGUAACAACUCGAGGUGCGUGCCCGGUAGCUGGCGCUGCGACGGCGAUGCGGACUGCAGUGACUCCUCUGACGAGUGGCCCCAGAACUGUGCGAGCGAGCCCCCCCCCGUGGUGACUUGUGGGGACCACGAGUUACACUGCGCUGAUGGCCAGUGCAUCAACUGGAUGUGGAGCUGUGAUGGAGACAAAGAUUGCGAUGAUGGGUCGGAUGAAGUCAACUGCACUGUCCCUAGCUGUCGCCCCGAUCAGUUUCCGUGUAGUGACGGCACGUGUAUCCACGGCAGCAGUCAGUGCGACAACGUGCGCGACUGCCCGGACUCCAGCGAUGAGAUCGGCUGCCAAGCAGAAAUCGCAUGCGACGCCCCCACUCAAUUCAAGUGCGGCAGCGGGGAGUGCGUCGGCACGGCCAAGGUGUGCGACAAGCAGCAAGACUGUGUAGACAAUUCGGAUGAACCAGUCGGACAGUGUGACAGGAACGAGUGCUUGAUUGCAAAUGGCGGCUGCUCCCACGGUUGCAUUGAUCACAAACUCGGCUACAGCUGCUCCUGCCCUCCUGGAUACGGACUCAAAGCGGACGAAAGAAGCUGUGAAGACGUCGACGAAUGUGCGGACCCGGACAUUUGCAGUCAGAUUUGCAUCAAUGAGCCUGGAGGCUACAAGUGCGAUUGUCACGAAGGCUAUCAGAUGGACCCUGCCAGCAAGACUUGCAAAGCCGUGUUAGGAGCCAGGCCCACACUUUACUUCACCAACAAGCACGACGUGAGGAUGGUGACGGUGGAUCGCCAAGAGUACGAGCCUGUGAUGAGCGAGCUGAAGAACGCGGUUGCUCUGGACAUUGACAUGCCCAACAAGAUCAUCUUCUGGUCGGACCAUUCAGACAAGAAAAUCUACAGCUGCAGGAUCGACGUGGCCGCCAACACGUCCCGGCACAAAGUGGUGAUCGGCGAUGGGAUCGAGGCCCCGGAAGGCCUCGCCGUGGACUGGAUCCACGGCAACAUCUACUGGACCGACGGUUCUUUGCAGACCAUCUCCGUGGCGACGACAGACGGCCGCAAGAGGAAGACGCUGAUCGCUGACAAUAUUCAAAGGCCGAAAGCCAUAACGGUGGAUCCCGUCAACAACUUCAUGUACUGGAGCGACUGGGGCGACGAGGCGAAGAUAGAAAAGAGCGGUUUGAACGGAGCCGACCGCGUCGCCUUGGUAACUGACAACAUAGUGUGGCCCAAUGGAAUCGCCUUCGACGUGGCCAACCAGCGCCUCUACUGGGUGGACUCCAAGUUGCACACGCUGUCCAGUGUGGACGUGAACGGAGGGAGCAGACACACCCUCAUUUUCAGCGAAGAGAACCUCUCACAUCCCUGCUCUCUGACUCUGUUUGAGGAUGAAGUGUUUUGGACGGACGCGGGCCACGGCGCCGUUUUCAGUGCUGACCGGAAGACUGGAGAAAACAUCACGGCGCUCGCCGACGACCUGGACCACCCAGAGGACAUCGUGCUCUACCACGACCUCAAGCAACCCAACGGUUCCAACUGGUGCACAGAGGGCGACGGUAUGAACGGAGGCUGUGAGUUCCUGUGCCUUCCUGCGCCUGUCAUCAACCAACGCUCGCCCAAAUACACCUGCGCCUGCCCUGAUAACAUGAGCAUGGCGCCCGACAUGAGGAAAUGUGCGGCAGCGCCUCCUGCCGUAAGCGACGAGAGUGAGCCACACGAAAGCGCAGUUCCGACAAAUACCACCACCGCGACCUCCACCAUUCGGUCGCAGAAGCCCGACAUCUCCCCCAGACUUCAGCCUUCUGCUCCCGCUCAAGCAAACAGACAUGCAGACGAGCCCGCAGAGGCGCAGUCGUCCCACACUGCUGCUCUCUACAUCACAAUUCCAAUUGUGGCCGUGAUCCCCUUAGUGAUUGGAGCCUUGUUGCUAUGGAGACACUGGCGACUGAGGAACACUAACACCAUCCGCUUUGUCAACCCCGUGUACCAGAAGACCACCGAGGACGAGGAGCAAAGCUUCAGGAACUCUGAAGGCUACGUCCAUCUACAGAGGCAAAUGCUGAGUGUGGAGGAGGACAUAGACACUGCAUGACCACAACAUGCCGAAGAUAUUCAGUUUGAUUGUUUGUUUGUUUUCCAGAACAAUAAUGAAGCCUUUUUUUCUUUUACUUUUUUUUUUUUUUUAAAUAACGUCAUUUUUGUGACUUUGUUUUUGACCGCGGCACCAUCCAAAGAAGCACCGGACACUACGUCUGGAUUAUUGCACAGCUUGUCGUUUGUGACCGUCUGAAUGUAACCAAAGCUUUUUGCAACAUUUCUUCUUCUUCGCUGGUGCCUUGAGCUACUGUAAACGAGGACCCAUUGGGAUGCCGCCCAAUGAUUCAGGAACAGUGAUUCAAAAGCCAAUCCAAUCAGUGACGUCUUACAAGUGUGCCUUUCAGACACUUGCUGGAUGUUGUAGGUCAUUUCCAUUAACUACCUUUUUGAUGCUCACGCCUGUAACUCUACUGUAUGGUCUGUAAGCUUUUAUUUAUUUUUAUUUCUAGUCAUGACAACCGUAAAGGAUGUGAAGGUUUCAAUGACUUGGUCAAAAGUGUGUCUGUCUUCUCCAGAGAGUCGCACUGCUCUACUUAGUGAGGCGUUACGCUCUCGUUGAAUGAAGGGAACUCAAUAUUAGGGCUGGGCGAUUAUGUGGGGGGGGGGAGAAUUAUCACGAUUAUUUUGAUCUAGAAAUCACGAGGAAUAAACACCAUUAUUAUUUAACUACCAAUACUCAACUUUAUAAAUAUAGCUUAAAAGAACCAGAAAAUAAAUUGGUAACAAAAUAUACAACCCUAAUUCCAAUGAAGUUGGAACACAUAAAAACAGAAUACAAUAAUUUGCAAAUCAUGUUCAACCAUUUAAUACACACAGACAAGAUAUUUAAUGUUCUAACAACUUUGUUUUUAGUCAUUAACUUAUAAUUUGAUGGCUGCAACACAUUCUAAAAAAGCUGGGACCGGGUCAUGUUGUUACAUCACCUUUAACAACAUAAACGUUUGGGAACUGACACACUUUCUUGAAGCUUUCCAGGUGGAAUUAUUUCCUGUUCUUGCUCGAUGUACAGCUUCAGCAACAGUCCGGGGUCUCCGUUGUCGUAUUUUACGCUUCAUAAUGCACCACACACUUUCAAUGGGAGACAGGUCUGGACUGCAGGCAGGCCAGUACGAAGCCACGCUGUUGUAACACGUGCCGAAUGUGGUUUUGGCAUUGUCUUGCUGAAAUAAGCAGGUGCAUCCAUGAAAAAGAGGUUGCUUGGAUGGCAGCAUGUGGUUCUCCAAAACCUGUAUGUACCUUUCAGCAUUAAUGAUGCCUGCACAAAUGUGGUGUUACCCAUGCCACUGGCACUAACAGCCCCAUACCAUCACACAUGCUGGCGUUUGAACUUUGCGGUCAUAACGGUCCGGUCAUAACUGUCCAGAUGGUUUUCCCCCCUCUGGCCCGGUCUGAAGGUUUUUUGGUGAUGUAGUGCUGACUGUUUACUGACAUUGGUUUUCUGAAGGCGGCACGGUGGCCACAUGCUGAAUGCAUCAGAAAAUGGAUGGAUGGAGGGUUUACUGAAGUGUUCCUGAGCCCACGUGGUGAUAUGUCGUCGUUUGAUGCAGUCCCGCCUGGGGGAUCGAAGGUCACGGGCAUUCAAUGUUGGUUUCCGGCCUUGCCGCUUACAUGCAGUGAAUUCUCCAGAUUCUCAACCUUUUGAUAAUAAUAUGGACCGUAGAUGAUGAAAUCCCCAAAUUCCUUGCAAUUGUACGUUGAACAUUGUCUUUAAAACUGUUGGACUGGACUAUUUUCUCACGCACUUGUGCUUGUAAAUGACUGAGCAAUUCAGGGAAGGUCCUUUCCCACCCGAUCAUGGCGCCCACCUGUACCCAAUUAGCCUGUUCACCUGUGGGAUGUGUUUGAUGAGCAUUCCUCAACUUGCCACCUGUGCCAGCUUUUUUGGAAUGUGUUUCAGCCAUCUAAGUUAAUCAGUUUUGAACAAAUAUCUUGUCUUUGUAGUGUAUUCAAUUAAAUGGUUAAACAUGAUUUGCAAAUUAUUGUAAUCUGUUUUUGUUUUAACACAACGUCCCAACUUCAUUGGAAUUGGGGUCGUAGUAAUAUAUUACAAAAUACAAAUAAAAAUAAAUAGUCAUGGCUAAAACCAUUGGCUAAAAAAAAUACUUCUCUCAGUAUUAUAUCAACAGAAAUAAUGUUGGUAAUCCUAAUUGACCUAAAACAAGAUUUAUUUAUUUUUGUCAUAUUUUUCGUCUUUUUAUACAAAGCGCCGUUCCUGCUCUCCACUCCUUGGCCUCUUCGGGGCAGCGUGGUGCGAUGUAUGCAUGGAGCUGCAUAUUUAUAGUCAGCUAACGAGUAGAAGAAGAGAGUUGCAAUAAUACUUUUUUUCAAGAUUUGGAAGACUAUGACAGUGAAUAUUGUUACAUCGAUGGCCGUAUAUGUUGCUACGCCGUUUGUGUGAAUAUUCGUUAUUUGAAGGUGAAUCUCGCCCGUGAUCCAAUGCCACUGUUAGCUAACCCUUCAAGUGUUAGCAUAAGUUGGCGAUGUCUUGUAUUUAAAUAUACAAUGUGUGCAUUUUUGUUUUAUUGUUGUUCUGGGCUUAGUUUUACAGUAAACUCCAACUGGGGUGUCAAUAAAUAGCUUAAAGCACGCUCAGGGAGGGCAGAAGCAACACAUGGUGCAUUCAGGGUGCGUUUACAACGCAGGAACUUGCAUGCACGUUUUUGUGAUCGUGAGAAGGCAAAAUUGGAAUCACGAUUACAUUUCGAUUAAUCGCCCAGCCCUAAUAAAUAGUAUGGAGGCGGUUUACGUUCUAAAUGCUCAAGCUGCUAAAUUUCCUGUUCACCAAAAAUGAAUCAGUUUCAAAUGAAGACGUUGAAUGUAAACAAUUUUGUAACUGUUGUCUUUCUGUGUGUGUUGAAUCAGGAAAUAUUCUAAAUUCCCAAGGUUAUUUAUUCAUGGGGUGGAUAUUGGAGAGGUUUUUGAUUGGUGUGGUAUUGCAGUAAAAUCCCAAUCUGAUUCAUAUCCCGGACAUAUUUUGAGUUAGUACUUUUUAUUUGUUGAAUGAGUUUUUUUUGUGUAAACAAUAAGUGAAAAGUAGGAGAAAAUAUUGAUCCGUUGUGUAUUAAAAUUCGUCAUUUCCACUGUUUUGUACGUUGAAAAUUUGGAGGGUGUGCCGUAUUUUGCAUCAGAAUCAACAUACCAACUACAAAAUCUUUACUCCUGCAUCACGAAAGUAGUUAUUUUGGCCAAAGACUGUUGUUCAAAUUAAAAGCAAAAAUGUGUUGAUGAUAUUUUAAAACCACCACUUAAAAGUUAGUCUAUUCACUGUUUCGGUUCAUUUUCAGGCAGGAGCUACACGUUUAACAAACAAAACGUCAGCUCAAAAUGUGUCCGACAUCCUAGCUUACCUAAACAUCUUGGCUACUCUGGUCAAACUGUGCAGCCUAUUAUUUAAUGUGUUCAUAACUGUGUGCUCGUAUGUAGAGACUGCAAUUAAACUUUUGUCGUCGUCGGUGAUGGCAAUAGCAUGGUU